AUGAUCGAUGAUGAUGAUUCAAUGGAAGAUGAAGAGGAUUUUGAUGAAGAUGAAGAAGAUUUUGAUGAGGAUGAAGAAGAUUUUGAUGAAAAUGAAGAAGAUGAAGAUGAAAAUGAAGGCGAUUUUGAUGACGAUGAAGAAGAUGAAGAUGAAGAUGAAGAAGAAGAAAAAGACGAUAGUGAAGAAGCUCCAAUAGUGAAAGAAGAUAUUUAUGGACGAACAAUUGAUACUAAAGGCAAUGUUGUUAAAAAUAGUUCAAGUACAACUUAUAUACCUCCAGCGCUUCGUCAAAAACAAAAUGCAUCCGAUGAAAAUUCAAACAUAGAAUUAAAACGUCGUCUUCAAGGUCAAUUAAAUCGUUUGAGUGAAAAAAAUCUCUCAUCAAUAUUAAUUGAAAUUGAAACACUUUAUCGUUCACAAUCUCGUGCAUCAAUUCAUGCAUGUAUAUAUCAAUUAUAUCACGAUAGUCUUCUAUCAUCACUUUCAUUAACUGGUGAAAGUUUACUUGCUGAACAUGCAUUACUUGCUUCUCUUCUUCAUGCUAAUAUUGGUUUAGAAAUUGGAUCAUAUAUACUUGAAAAUUUCUUUCAAAUAUUUCUUGAACAUAUUAAUGAUGAAGUAUCAAAUAAAAUCAAUGAUAAUUUAAUUAUAUUUAUUUCAUAUCUGUACGCAUUUUAUAUGACAAAUGGAAAAAUUAUAUUUGAUGUCGCACGAUAUAUAUUAAAUAGUAAUCCAUUAAAUGAAAAACGUCUUGAAUUAAUUCUUUUAUUAUUAAAAACAAGUGGAUUUUUAUUACGUAAAGAUGAUCCAUUACAAUUAAAAACAUUUUUACAAGAAUUACGAACAAUAUGUUCAUCAUCAACAUUAAUAUCAUCAUCAUCAAAACGUUUAGAAUUUAUGAUGGAUACAAUAAAAAGUUUAAAAAAUAAUGAUGUCAGAAAAUUACCAGGUGGUUUUGAACCGGAACGUAUUGAUCGUUUAAGAAAAAUUUAUAAAAAUUUAGUCAAAGAUAAAACAGUACAACAAGCUAAUAUGCUUAAUGUUGGUUUACAAGAUUUUCUUAAUGCUAAAGAACAAGGACGAUGGUGGAUUGUUGGAUCAGCAUGGCAAAAACAAACUGUUCAAGAUAAUAAAAAAACAAAUAAAAAUCAAAAAGUUGAACAAUUAUUUGAUGAAAAAAUUCGAAAAUUAGCUAAAAAACAACAUAUGAAUACAGAUAUUAGACGAUUAAUUUUUGGAACUUUAUUAACAAGCGAAGAUUGUGAUGAUGCCGUUGAAAAACUUCAUAAACUUAAUUUAAAUAAAGUACAAGAACGAGAAAUAAUUCAUGUCACUGUUCAUUGUUGUUUACAUGAAAAAGUUUACAAUCCAUAUUAUACAUUAAUCUUACAACGAUUUUGUGCAUAUGAUCGUCGUUUUCAAAUAUCAUUACAAUAUCAUACAUGGGAUAGAUUUAAAGAUCUUUCAUUACUUAAAAAUCAACAAUUAGCAAAUUUUGGUCAAGCACUUUCGCAAUUAUUAAUAUCAAAAUCAUUAACACUCAAUAUAUUUAAAAAUUUCAAUUUCAUCGAAUUGACGCAAUCAGCACGAACAUUUCUUGUUGAAUUGUUUGUUAAAUUAUUCAAUGAGAUCGAUGAUGCAUCAUUGAGAAAUAUUUUUCAAUUUCCAUCAACACAAAAUUAUAAAUUUGUUAAAGAUGCUUUUAGAUUAUUUCUUUCACAUUUCAUUCUUAAUAAAACUAAUUAUUCAGAAUUAGUGCAUCGUCGUUGUCAGAUAGCUAUUAAUCAGUUAUCUGUUGAAUAA